AUGAGCUCCGCUCAGACCACAGUGAGUAUAUGCGCUUCCUGCAGAGCUGCCAAGUGAGCGUUGCCUGCACAUCAGCUGAUGUGCGCCACGUGCCUCGCUACUCUUGCAGCUCACCCUUCAGGAAGCCAUGCAGACCAUUCAACAAUGUAUGCGCGAGAAAGAUGAGCUGAUUGAGCAUCUACGGGAGCAAAAGCGAUGCGAUGACGAAGAGAAAGCGGACAUUCGAAAGGGCAACGAGGCGCUUCAGCGCGAAGUCACCCAAAUGAAAGUAGCCUCUCAAUUACGCGAUCAGAGGGAUUACGAAACUCUUUUGUGGGAGAACAAACUACUUGGCGAAGAGAAUCGCGCGCUUAGGGCUCAAUACGAUCAGGUUGACAGGGAGGCGGACCUGCAUGUAGGGAAGCUGAUGGACCUCACCAUCAAGGUCGAUGAGCUGGUCGAGAAGAAUGAGGAACUUUUGGCGGACAACAGCGAGCUGAAGAAGAAGCUUGAGGACAACAAGACCGCUAUAGAUAGCUUGAAGAAGGAGGUCCUGAAGCACAAAGAGGAUGGAGAAGCUGGCCUUGCGAGAGAGUUCGAAGCCAUGGAAUCCCUCGAGCUCGAGCGUCAAGUGGUUGAACUUGAAAAGGCCGAUUUCAUCGAGCACAUUGCUCAGCUCAGGGUAGUCAAGCAACGCGACGAUGCAACGAUCGCAGAGCUGAGGCUCAAAGUGGACCGUCUGGAGAGUCGCCGAAGCAGGGAGCCUGUCAACACUGGUGGCACAGGUACCGCGAGCUUGCCUUCCGGCAAAUACUUACCCCCUCAGCGCUCUGCACCUCUUGGUGGCGUGCUGCUGGCGACCGAGGCUCAACAGGCUCCACGACCUUCGGCCCUCGCCCUCGUCACGCAGCUAAGAGAAGACGCCGGCGAGAGCAGCUCAAUGCGCUCGCACGAAGGCGUAACAUACACUACCGGUCCACGCUCGCACAGUUGGUUCAAGUGGACCGACAGUGGACUGCGCGUGCUGUAUGGUUCGCCAAAUUCUUCAGGAGCGAUUUCGCUGACGGCCAACGACGAUGACUUCGCGGGACCCGACUCAGACUACUCGAGCAGUUCCGAGUAG